UUUUGCCUUGCAGAGUUUGGAAUAAUUGUUCAGUUUUAAUCGCAAGUAAUUCGUGAAGUUCUAAUCAAAAUGGACAUCAGACCGAAUCAUACCAUCUACAUUAACAAUCUGAACGAAAAGAUAAAGAAGGAAGAACUGAAGAAAUCGCUCUACGCUAUUUUUUCCCAGUUCGGACAAAUCAUGGACAUCGUUGCUCUGAAGACGCUGAAAAUGCGUGGUCAAGCUUUUAUCAUCUUCAAAGAGAUAGGAAGCGCAAGCAAUGCGAUGCGAACGAUGCAAGGUUUCCCGUUCUACGACAAACCGAUGCGCAUUAAUUACUCCAAAACCGAUAGUGACCUGAUCGCCAAGCUGAAGGGUACCUUCAAGGAGCGUCCGAAGAAAGCAAAGGCCCCAAAACCAGUUCAGCAGGAGGAGAAAAAGUCCAAGAAGCAAAAGAAUGCCGAAUCAGGAGCCGCGGCCAGUAACUCGGCUACGGCUGAGCAGCCACCGAAUCAGAUUCUGUUCUUGACCAACCUUCCGGAGGAAACGAACGAGAUGAUGCUGUCCAUGUUGUUCAACCAGUUCCCGGGCUUCAAGGAGGUACGGCUGGUGCCAAACCGGCACGAUAUCGCUUUCGUCGAGUUCGCAACCGAACUGCAGAGUGGUGCCGCUCGAGAGGCCCUGCAGGGUUUCAAGAUUACUCCGACACACGCGAUGAAGAUUUCGUUCGCCAAAAAGUAGGCGAAUGCUACGUUACUCCGGUAUGUUAAGCAACAUAUUUUACGAUUUUUUGGUAUGAGUGUGAAUCUAAAUAAACCAUGCAAAAAGCAUUGCACUCCGCUUUCAUGGUUUAUUGUCGGCGGUCGUGCGAUGUCUUGCUAGUUCGCAAGAUGCAAGAUUUUUUGUUUUAUUUGACGGUUACAAUGUGGCUUUGUGGCCACAGAAAAUAUCACAUCUAGUCCUAAUGAAUUAAAGGUUUUUUUAAUGUAAAAUAGCAAACAAGUCUAUAAAGGCAACAGUAUUCAAGAAAAUAAGCUACCAGCAUAAGAAAACACGAAUGCCUAAUGGCCAUAUUACAAUCAAAGCAAAUCAGCCACGGCUAUUGGAUUAUUUGACCAAAAUGUAUUAUCAAUUUUGAUUAAUAAGAAUUCAGAGUGGAAUCGUUCUGAAUCUAGUUCCGAGCUUUACCUCAAACUAGAUUUUAAUAUACAGUUGUUAACUUUUGAUAUAGGUAUUUAUUUUUAAACGAAAACAAAA